AUGGAAGACGACACGCUACUGAGCUCAGAAGUUCCGCUUAAGAAGGCUGCUGAGGAUGCUGCAAGUAAUGCCAAGGUAACAAAUGGAGGCUUACCUCAAUUAGGAAAAGAGGGAAAGAAAGAAGAGGAAGAAACUGAUGGAGAAUUCAUAAAAGUUGAGAAGGAAUCUAUAGAUGUGAAGGAUGCGUCACAUACAGUUGUAAUAGCAUCCGCAGAGGAUAACAAGCCAUCUGCCAUUGAGAGAAGUUCAAGCAAUCAGAGCAGAGAAUUAGAAGAAGACCAAGAGAAGAUGAGAGAACUUGAGUUUGAAUUGGAAAGACCAGCUGGAACAUUAAAGCAUUCUGAAUCUGACAACUCUCAGCUGAAGGAUGAUGUCUCGCUGACAAAGGAGAAGUUGGCAGAAAGUGGAAAGAAGUAUGAAGAGCUUGAACUCAGUCACAAGAAACUGCAAGAGCAUAUUAUGGAAGCCGACGAGAAAUACAGUGUGCAGCUAAACACUCGGCAAGAUGCACUGCAAGCUCAAGAAGCCAAAACCAAGGAGUUGACUGAGGUGAAGGAGGCAUUUGAUGGUCUCAGCCUUGAGCUAGAAAGCUCCGGAAAGAGGAUAAAGGAGUUGGAGGAUGAACUGCAAUGUUCUGCAGAACUAAAAUGCAGUGAUGCUGAAAGAGAAUUGAAAGAACUUUCUGAGAAGAUAUCUGAAUUAAAUGCUACAUCGAGAGUGGUCGAGGACGAAAACGUUCAGCUGAAUGGCUAA